AUGCCAGAACGCGGUGACUGGCACGAAUCCGAGGAGGAGUCCGACCACGAUGGGCCGGAUAUGAUGAAUCCGGGCAUCGCCGCCUCCACGGACGAGGAAGAGGACGGAGAAAGUACCGAGGACAGCGGGUACUUAUCGGAGGAGGAAAGCGAGGCGGAAUCAUUCAUGGCAAACCAACGCCAAGGAGACAACGUCAACGAUAAAAUAAUGUGGAGAGAGCUGGAUGAGGCGUUCCAGCUGAUGGAACAGGAUGAGAUCGGACAUGAGGCGAGCAGCGGUCGGAGCAGUCCGGAAGAAGAUGCACCGUGGGACCAGCAUAAGGCGUUCCAACUGAUGGAUCCCGAAGAGGUCGAGGACGAGAGGCGCAGCGGUCGGAGCAGUCCGGCAGAAUACGCACCAUGGGACCAGCAGGAGAUCCACGUAGCGCCACAGGCACAAGCAUGGGAGCCAGCACGGCCGCCGACUCCGUUUCGUAUGGUGGACAAUAUGUUAGAAGCCAGCGAAUCGGGGGAGAGGGCCGUUGCUGAGGAAGAUGCAGCUGAUGGAGAAGCCAGCCCACCUCCAGGCGAGCCGACACAAAGCCAUACCAACCGGGCCGAAAUAGACGCUAUAAAUGUUGCGCUGACCGAUCCUCGUUGGCCGCACAUGUGGGUGUGCCAACGAGUAGAGCAAAUGCAGGAGGCAGAACGGCAGCAACGGAUAGAGCAGCAACAGGAAGCCGAGAGACAGGUGUUGCGUGAGGAAAGGGCGCGGUGCAAUUGGCACGAGCCAGACAGACAGAGGCUGGCCUGGAUUGUAGAACAUCAACGACAGCGAGACCAACAACAAGAAAACGAAGAACAACAACAAGAAAACGAAGAACACCAACAAUAA